AUUUUAGAACCAAGUUGGCAGCACUGCACGUAGGGGUAUAAAACAGCGCGUUCUCACGCGCUCGCCACAGUCGAAAAAAGUGUUUGGAAGUACAAGUCGGAGUUGGUCCAUUAAUAGAUACAGUUACAGUAAAGUCGCAAACAUGUGCAAGGCUGUUAUAGAUUGUAAUGAAUGAGUGAAGGAAGAGUGUGAGAGACGCCGAGAAAACGGCCUUCAAGUCGAAAGUGGUGUGAGUCAUCCAUGCAAAAAGCCACCAGGAAGAGCCUUUGAUCCCGGAGCACACUCGUUUCCUGCUCCUCGCACGUUAUUGGCAACGAUGAGGAGGAACGGAACACAAUCAAGAAACUACGUCGCAGAGGGCCUCUAAAAAGGACCGAAUCCCGGUAGAGAAUCACAGCCAUGCAGGUAUGGCAACCAUGAGUUUGUGGCUGGUAAAGAAGAUUCCAGAUCGUCGUACCGACGAUGGCGUAGCGUUAUUGAGUAACUGAGUGAGUCUUCACGUCUGUCCGAGUCACCCCCCACCUCAACCAACUGGCAGUGAGUUCCGCAAACUAGCCGAUGGCCGAUUCUGCACAGAUCGCCGGAGCAGGGAGCAGCAGCGGCAACCACCUCCGUGUCUCCUCCGUAAGGCAAUGCCACCGACAAUGCCCCUGCAAGUCGCAGCGGCAAAACAUUGGGGACAAGGCGGAAUGCGCGCGGCAGCGGCUCCAGCUCUCAUCAGCUUACCUGCGUUUGAACCUCUCGUGCUUUCGACAACUGCAGACCACCACCAAUUCUGCAUAGAACGCUUCGUAGCUGCUGCAGAUUACCGCCCCAUCCACACAUAUACACGGUAUUUGGUAUAUCAGCUGCGAACAAAAUAUUGCUUUUUGAACAGAUUUACAGCGAUCACCGGAUCAGUCGUCGUAUGUCAUCGAAUAACGCUCUACGAUUCUGUGACUCCUGAAUUGCAGGCAUAGAAUUUCCCAUUUUUGACUGGGUUGUAUAUGGUCUCAACCGACUUCGCUCUGCUUACUUAGUUGGACUUUUUCUCUUUUACCCUUUUAUUACAACGGCAGGCAUUGAUUGGACCCUAGGUAUUUGCCCAUCCUAUUUUCCUAAUCAAUAGGCUAGAAAGGCCUAUUUCAUUUUUGUAGCGGCGCGUCACAGUUGAUCGGUUCCUGUGGGUGCCAGUGUUUGAUGGGCACCACACUUUUCUAUGUACUCGCCAAUGUGUCGGAUGUCUUCAGGGCAGCAGGCUCGGAUCGCCAAAGAGAGCUUGAAUCAGAAGAACGCGCAAAUGAGUUAGUAGACUAGGCACGAGCUUCACUUUUCGUUUAUUUUUCUAGCGAUGCUGCGCAGUUGAACGGUGCCUGCGUACAUCUGCAUGAGAGAAUGGGAGCAUAUGCGGCGAAGGAUGUCCGCCUCUUACAUAGAGUUCUUUAAUACGAAGGCCAGAAACAUCGAUGGGAUGAAAGCCAAAGCGUAAAUCGUUUUUGAUACCCAAAUCAAUUAAAAUGCUGCCGUUAUAUUACUUUUAGCUAGUUGCUUUAGUCAGAUGGGCAACGGAUUUACUGUAUUCGAUUUGAACAGAAGCUCAAUGAUAAAGUCGCACGAAAACGCUUGGAUCAACUAAGAAAUCGUAAACCUAUGAAUUUUGCAAUCGAAAACCUUUUCUUUCGUGUUUUAUAGAAAUACAUAUUCGUGGACAGAUAAACUGCAGGGAAUCGCAAGACAGCCUUUACAAGGCGGACCGCCUAUCAACUGUAAAUUAUUUUUCCUAUGACCAAAAAAUAUUUCUGUCUUGUAGCGAUAUGGAUGCAGUAGAAUGUUCCUGCUCAUAUCUCAUCCGUUAGUGACGUUAAGAGCAACAGCGAACCGUCGACCACUUUACACACACUUAUGCAUCUGCCCCUGUAGUGACCGUUUCUGAGCAACUUUGGACCGACUAAAUUGGCAUUUCCCAAUAAAGUUCCUCUUCAUCCUAGCCAAGUUCAUUAAUCUAUUCAUUGCAGAUUGCUCAUUGGUAAUACCAAGGCAUGAGCGGAAAACAUUUUUAAACUGGGCAAUCGAAAUCCUUUUCUUUCGUAUUUUAUAGAAAUACAGAUUGGUGGACAGUUAAGAAGCAAGGGAAUUGAAUGAAAACAGUUACUGGAUCACAUGUAAAUUAUUUUUAGUGUAUAUCCAAAGAAAUAUUUCUGUCUUGUAGCUCAUGUGGCUGCAGUAGAAUGUGCCUGCCAUCUCAUCCGUAGCUUUUGAGCCGAAGGCAACAGCAAACCAUCUCUUCCCGGGCCCUGUAUUGACACCUUUGAAGGCACGAUUGGAUCGCCAAAAUGCACAUUUUAUACUGAAGUUCCCCUUUUCUUCACGAAUGAACUUGAGGCUCAUUUAUAAAUUCAUUACAGUGUUUAUACCAAGACAUGAGAUUCACACAGCCGUUCCGACCUAUCAAACUGUUGAAUUACCUGUGCACAUUCGCCUGUAUUGAAACCUACCGAGAACAUGUAGCAAAAUUUCUUGAGGCAAUGGGAAUCAAAUGCCAACUUGAAAGCAAUAACACCAACACUCAGCCGUCGCAGUCCAACAUCCAUACUACAAGUCGAAUUUAAAUUAAAACGCAGGUCAGGCUGAACCCAACUAGAUCCCGCUUAUACUUGUUUUUUCAGCGAUUUUUCGAGCCAGUAUGUGGAUUCAUUUGUAGCAGGAACGACAUUUGACCUGGGGCAACGUGUCUAUUGGCCAGGGGCCCAAGUGACCCAUCCCAGAGUGAGAACAUUAGCAGUCAUAAAUUUAUUUUGCACUUCUUGCAGCGGUGCCGCACAGUUGAAGGUGCCUGUGGGCAUCGGCUUAGUUGUGUUCAAACCGAAAGGCAGGGCCAUGCCUUGGACUGGUUGUUUGAAGAAGAUGUGCACCGCUCCUAGCUGGCCGAGUCCACUGCUGUGCUGCCGCAAAUCGUUAAAGGGAACCCAAAACGAUGCAUCAAGUCCAUCCAGUUAGGCUUCUCUUAGCAAGUAGAGCGCACCGCCGCUACAACAAUAACCAAUUUAGGCGCACCCGCUACUGCGAACGAGCACAAUACGUCGAGUAAACAUCGAGUAUAACCACAGAAAGCAUGGAGAAACGGCGUCCUGUCGCCUUAGCUGGUUAUGAAUUUUAUGCUUUUACAUUACAGCCAAGUCUCUGCCGAAGAGGUCUGCUGAUGUCCACUUAAUCGAAGGUAGUUCCUAGCACAGCGUCUCGAUGACCGGAGCAACUGUUUUUCAAACCGCGCCAAGCCAAGUUCAUUUGGUAACCUGGCGGUCGCAAGAUCCACACUGGAGCGGGGUCUGACGCCGUGAUGUGCUGAGCUGAGCCUAAGCACGUACUGCAUUGCACCGCACAGACAUGUGCGUUCGGUCCACGCUAAAGGGAAUCAAAUGCGUUUGGACCGAGAGCCGCUACACCGCACCAUCACCAGUAUUCGCUGAGAAGUGAGCUGAUGUGUUGUCGUUGUUACAGGGCUGCUGCUGCAACUGCGCCAUUGGCAUCCUCGCCUAGCGUCGCUAAUUACCACUUGUCGCUUUCAGCGAUCGGCAGUGUUCAUCAUUCGGUGUUGAAUGACAUCUGGACAGAUCGGAAGAUAAGUUCGCGUGGCAAGUCGUUUACCGCGCACAUGGGAACCAACUGCGAUAAGUGUUCAGGCAUUCGAAUUCAAAGAUGUGCAGCAGCGGCAGUUGGAGACUAUCGGUCAGACCAGACAGCCGGACUCGACCCAGACUCUCAGAACGGAGUGCAGGAGAGACGGAGCACGUUGAUUACCUCCAGCGGGUUGUUGUUUUACUUGCACUUUCCUUCCGUAGGUAGUCCAGAAUUCCAGGCAGACCAUAUUCAUCGCAAAGGGAAACAAGUGCGAUUAGUGUUCGAAGACCAAGCUGGGUGGCCAAUGGGUCGCACCACGCUCCGCCAGUUGAGCCCAUAACUCCUGGCCCGUCGAUCAUCGUACCGCAAAAGGGAAUCAAUUGCGAGGUGGUACAGCAGUCUGGCUCCCGGGUGAGCCCUUGGUCCUAGUCGAGCUUCCAGUCGGGCUCCUAGUUGAGUUCUUCGCUUCAGCACAAAUAUCGUAAAGGGAAUCCAAAGCGAUGUACAGCGACAGCGGCAGGCAGGGUCACUCCAGACACAAAGGUAUAUACGCUUUCCAGUAACGUCCACGACCAUAAUCCUUUUACAAACUACUCUACGAGUCUGAUUCUGGCUACAAUGCCAGGCGCAUCACCAAGCUUUUUCGUCAUGUUGGUCUCAAAGGGAAUCCAAGAGAUACGCGCCCCGCGGUACAGCCGACUGAAGAACACUUCUAGUUUUUUCAACCUGUCAUUGCAGCUUACAGAUCGAAGUACCACACGUUUCAGGCUCAGAUCCUCAUCCUACUACUUAUGCAGAAAUAACCAAACAUAUAAGCAUUCUGGUUCUGUACAUUUUUUUCGUAGAUAAUGUAACCAUUGUUUUUUUUUUUUCAAACCCAUUGUAUUGUAAACUAUGACUUGUAAACUUUUGCCGGGCAAGCCGACGUCUGACUUCGCUGAAGACGGUGCAGCAGGACUUACCAAUUUCCUAGGCUAGAUGUCCAGGUCCAGUCAAGAAGUAGCUACCAGAAUCAGUAUCAGCAGCACCACAUUUAGGACGAGAUCCAAGGCAGCGAGUGCUGUAGGCAGUGGAAACUGCGUCCCAGUAGCUUGGCGUUUUGAACUACAGGAGAGGCCCUUUCAAGACCACUCCCAAGGCAGAGAGCAGUCACGGCAGCACACAGGCACAGGCAGUUUGACAUUCAGUACCUUCGAAUUUGCACCUACUACCUUCAACCCGUAUUUACUGGGCUCCAGUCAUAAAAUUCGUCCUGGGUCUAUUUGGAACAGACUAGCAACAUCAUCCGACGUAGGACACGCACACACGCUUUGGUCAUUUUUGAUAUGAAAAAUUUCAAACCCCCUUUGGAUCAUCCUUCAUAAUCUGCCAUUGGAGCAACACAGGCUGGAAGUAUAAUUUCUUCGCUUAGCACCGUUUCCAUCGACCCGUUACCGUUUUUUUUGAUCUGAAUUACUGGCUUGGGAUUACUCUUCAUUUUUUGCUGUUCUCGGCACUGAUGGCCGAACUGUACCCUUUCUUCGCACCGAUGUUGCAGUUGGAUUGCACUCGGAUUUCGCUUCGCUAUACAAUGGUCGACCUAUUUUUCUCUAAGAGGACCCUUCGUGAGGAUUAUUGAUUUGUUGGAGAAUUCAUUUUUGAUUGGAUUGCGGCGUGGGAUAAAGAUUUUUCAAAAGACGGACUGCGGCGUGGGAGUUAGUUAGGACUGCGGCGAGGGAUUCAGACGCUUGGCGGCGGCGAUGGACCUACGGGAUCAAACGACUGCGGCGAGGGAGGUCAAGACUUUGCAACGUGGGAUUGUUAGGGCGAUUAGGCGAGGGCGCUAGGGAUGUUACUCUUUAAAUCGACUGGGAAUUGUAUCAACAAAUGGGACUGCGGCGAUGGAGGCAGACGGCGAGGGACUUGGAUGUUGGGACUGCAGCGUGGGAUACGCCAAUUAUGACUGCAGCGAGGGAUCGGUGCACUUGACAGCGGUUCAAAGCUGAUAUACUUCGUUGGUGCCGUGAUCGGCACGCCCUUGACUCAGCCCCUAAUUGGAAAAAUCAUCAUUUUUACACACAUUCAUUUACACUUCUGGAAUACCGGAACGCAACCAUAUUUAUGCCGAUGAUUUGAGUACGUGCAGUAUUUCAAAUGCACAAUAAAUUGUUUUUGAAAAAAUAGAAAA